UGGAUUGGGCAUUGCCCUUCAGCUCUGAGUCACUCUCAACCAUCAAAGUCUGGCCAGAAGCUCCAUUUUAGCUCGUCAUGAUGAGUGAGCAUGAGGCCCAGUGUGAUGAAAAUUUCUAUCACCCAACUAUCACAAAUCCCGAGUCACAGACCUCAAUAUCAUGGUUUCCCAAGAUACUUGCUAACACCUAUACUUUCAGAAAACACCAUCUUCUACUUUCUAAAGCGAGAUUUACAAAAAAUCACCAACCCCUCUCCGAUAUUGAGAUCACCACUAACAUCACAAACAUUUGGCUCUCAAGCUGCGCCCACCAUGGAGACAAGGAUAGUAAAAGUCCCGAGCAAGGGCUCCCUAGGCCAGUUUCGACCUGGCCAUGGACUCGCAAAGUUGAAUCACUGGGAGGUUCAAUGUGAAAACAAACCCGCUCUUGAGGCUCUGCAAGAUGCUGCUCACCUGCUACGGACCAAGGACACGCCUGUCGCAUUCCCGACAGAGACUGUAUAUGGCCUUGGUGCAGAUGCUACUCGGACUCCCUCAGUUAAAGGAAUCUAUUCGGCAAAGGGACGGCCUUCAGACAACCCUCUCAUUUCACAUGUUUGCGACCUGGAAAUGCUGCGAGAGUAUAUCGGCCACAGUGAUACAACUGAUCCUAUACCUCAGCGAUACAGGGCUUUGAUAGAGCGUUUCUGGCCUGGACCCCUGACUAUUCUUCUACCUAACCCGGCCCCGUCGAAACUAGCACCUGAGGUGACAGCAGGCCUCAAAACCUUUGGCGUGCGAAUGCCUUCUUCAACCCUCGCCUUGUCUCUUAUCAAGCUAGCUGGUGUACCCCUGGCGGCACCAUCCGCCAACGCUUCCACCAAACCUUCACCCACAGCGGCACAACAUGUAAUGGACGACCUCAACGGAAAGAUCGAGCUCAUUUUGGACGGUGGACACUGUCAAGUGGGUGUGGAGAGUACUGUUGUGGAUGGGCUGUGUGACCCCCCCGUCGUCCUUCGUCCAGGAGGUAUCGGUAUAGAUGAGCUACGAAGCUGCCCUGGCUGGGAGAAUGUAUCAAUAGCUUAUAAAGACAAGAGCGAAGAGGGAAAGGCUGCACCUCGGGCUCCAGGGAUGAAGUACAAGCACUACAGUCCAAAGGCAACAGUAGUGCUUUAUGAGUCGAGUUUCGGAAAAGGGGUCAAUGGAAUAGCUUCUUUCGACUUGAAGGCGACCAAUGGGGCGGUCAACGGCCAUGCUAGCAACGAUGAGCGGAAGGGUAGGGUUGUUGGGGUUAUUCGCACCCAGCGAUGGAAGUCGGGGGCUGGUCUGCGAUGCGCCAGCUUUCACCAUCUCACUGACGUACAAGGAGCGGAUGAGGAUGACUCGCCAUUCCAAGUAUACGAAGGCGAUCUGUUGGACGAAAAGGAGCAGCCAAUCGGAAAGAUCUUGGAUAUCGAUCUGGGCAGAGGCACUGAAGGAAUUGCGAGAGGUCUUUUCGCAGCGCUCCGGGAGUUUGAUCGACGAGGCGCAGACACCAUCUUUGUUGAUGGUAUAGAAGAUAGAAGUGAUAUCGCAGCGGCGGUCAUGAACCGGCUCCGCAAAGCGGCUUCAGAGACUAGAGCAUGAAUGAUCAUAUCAAUUAGAACACCAGCACACCUGUAUAAAAAAAACCCC